UCUUCAAGCCAUCACCUGUCAGCCCACCGCGCGCAUCCUCCUCACACACACAGCGCCCCGGCCGCUACCCAUGGCGCCAGACCCCGAGCCGCUCCUCCCUCGCGCCGGCCACCGCCCCGCCACCGGCGGCUGGAGGUCGGCUCUGUUCAUCAUCUGGGUGGAGGUGGCGGAGCGGUUCGCGUACUACGGCAUCUCCUCCAACCUCAUCAGCUACCUCACCGGCCCGCUCGGCGAGAGCACGGCCGCCGCCGCCGCGGCCGUCAACGCGUGGUCGGGCGCCGCGUCGAUGCUGCCGCUGCUCGGCGCCGCCGUCGCCGACUCGUGGCUCGGGCGGUACCGCACCAUCGUCGCCUCCUCCGUGCUCUACAUCACGGGCCUCGGGAUGCUGGCGCUCUCGUCCAUGUUCUUGUCACCGAGCCAACAAUGCAAGCUCACCGCGGACGGCCGGGAGGCAUGCCCGCGUUCCUCCCUGCAGACGGCCUUCUUCUACGUCUCGCUCUACCUGGUAGCCAUUGCGCAGAGCGGCCACAAGCCCUGCGUGCAGGCCUUCGGCGCCGACCAGUUCGACGCGACGGACCCCGCGGAGUCGCUGGCCCGGGGCUCCUUCUUCAACUGGUGGUACUUCGGGAUCUGCGGCAGCGCGACGGUGACCAUCGCGCUCAUGAGCUACGUCCAGGACAACGUGAGCUGGGGCAUCGGCUUCGGGGUGCCGUGCGUGGUCAUGGUGCUGGCGCUCGCCGUCUUCCUGCUUGGCACCAAGACGUACCGGUUCUACGACGACUCGGCCGACGGCAAGGGCGCCGGCGUGUUCACCCGUGUCGUGGAGGCCUUCAGGGCGUCGAGAAAGAGAUCGCCGGAAGGCGGAGAGCACAGGCAUGGCGACCGCGAGGAGGACGCUGCCAUCGUGGAGGAGGUGAGGGGCUUGGCGAGGCUGUUCCCGAUAUGGGCGACGUGCCUGCUCUACGGCGUGGUGUUCGCUCAGCCGCCGACGCUGUUCACGAAGCAGGCGGCGACGAUGGACCGGAGGGUCGGGUCGUCGGGGUUCCAGAUACCGCCCGCGGCGUUGCAGUGCUUCAUGGGCAUCAGCAUGAUCACCUGCGUCGCGCUCUACGACCGCGUCCUGGUGCCCGUGGCGCGCAGGCUCUCCGGCGCCCCCUUGGGUAUCACCAUGCUCCAGCGGAUCGGCACGGGAAUGGUCCUGGCCGUGGCCGCGCUGGUGGUCGCCGCGCUGGUGGAGAUGAGGCGGCUGAGCACCGCGGUGGACGCCGGCGUGGUGGACCUGCCCGGCGCGGUGGUGCCCAUGAGCCUGUGGUGGAUCAUGCCGCAGUACGUGCUCCUGGGCGCGGCGGACGUGUUCACCAUGGUCGGCAUGCAGGAGUUCUUCUACGACCAGAUGCCCGUGGAGCUCAAGAGCCUCGGGCUCGCGCUCUACCUCAGCGUCCUCGGCGUCGGCAGCUUCAUCAGCAGCUUCCUCAUCUCGGUCAUCGACGGCGCGACGAGGAGGGGCGGAGGGACGAGCUGGAUCGCCGACAACCUCAACCGGGGUCAUCUCGACUACUUCUAUCUGCUCAUCGCUGCGCUCACCGCGCUGGAGCUUCUCGCUUUCCUCUACUUCUCAGCUUCUUACGUUUACAAAAGGAAGACUGUCAGUGUUCAUUGACACAUUGGUCGACGAAUUAUGCGUACUAGUAAGUUCUAUGCUGGCAGUUCCACUAUUCAAUGCUGGCAGUUCCACUAUUCAUGUGCUGAUUCUUCCAGCAGUAACGUUUCA